AUAUAAUUAAUAUAAGUGCAUCACUUAUUUCAAUUCUCUUAUCAAUAUAGGAUGAUGAUCAAAAUUUUGGUGCUUCUGUUUGUUCUUAUUUCCAUGUGUGAAGGUGUUUGCAUAGAGAAAGAGAGACAAGCUCUUCUCACCAUUAAAGGAGGCCUUGUUGAUACAAACAAUCUUCUCUCUUCUUGGACAACCAACAAUAAUCUCGAUUGUUGUAAUUGGAGAGGAAUCAGGUGUGAUAACUUAACUAAUCAUAUUAUAGCUCUUGAUCUUAAUUUUGAUUGCUUAGACAAUGAUGAUUUUAUGGAGCCAUGUUUUAUGGGAAGUGAAAUUGAUCACUACUCUUUGGUUGAAUUGCAACAUUUGAGGUAUUUAGAUCUUAGUAACAACAACUUCAAUAAAAUUCCCAAGUUUCUUGGUUCUUUAACUAAGCUCAAAUAUCUCAAUCUUGCAAAUAAUCCCAUCAUUGACACUAUUAAAAGUCCUCAGCAACAAAAUCUCACCAAACUUGAGUUUCUUGAUCUUGAUAUUGACCAAUCUGGUAAAUUGAUCUUGAUUAAUCUUGAAUGGCUUUCUUAUCUCCCUUCAUUAAAAAUCUUAAGAUUGAGCAACACAAAUUUAAAUGACAAAGCUACGAAUUGGCUUCAUUCCAUUAAAUCAAGUACUCCUUCCUUAUUAAGUUUACACUUUGAUAAUUGUGUAUUUCCACAAGUAGAUGUCUUGUCUCUUUCCCAUGCAAAUUCUUCAAAUUCUCUCAAAGAUUUUCAUAUUUCGUUUAGUACCAUAUUAAACCAUUCAAUAAUUUUUCCUUGGUUGCUAAAUUUGAGUACAAAUAUGGUUAAUCUCACAAUAAGAGAGAGUCAAUUACAAGGUGGCCUUCCAAACUCUUUCGAAAAUAUGAGAUUUCUAGAACGUAUUGACUUGUCAUCGAACGAGUUUGAAGGUGGAAUUCCAAAAUCAUUCAGUGAUCUUUGUAAUCUUAAGGAAUUGAAUAUGGGUUUCAACAAACUUAACACAACACUCCCUCAAAUUUUAGAAAGUCUCAAUGGUUGUGCUAAAAAUUCAUUGGAAAUGUUGGAUGUGGGAUACAACAAAAUAAGAAGAACCUUUCCUAAUAAUUUUUCAAUGCUUCCUAAUCUUAAAUGGUUGGAUGUCUCUUAUAAUAAACUUAAUGGUACUUUAAGUGAAAAUAUUAUUGGUGAGCUCCAUCAUCUUGAGAAAUUGUACAUGUCCUCAAACUCAUUCAUUGGGUUUGUUUCUGAUGUCCACUUUCAAAACAAUUCCAAAUUGAAAGAUCUUGAGUUAUCUGGUAACUCUUUAUUAACAUUAAAUUUCACACCCACUUGGAUUCCUCCAUUUCAACUAGAAAGCUUGUUAUUAAGAUCUUGUAAGUUAGGUCCACACUUUCCUACAUGGCUCAAAACUCAAGUAUACAUAUCCGAAAUCGACAUUUCUAACUCAGGAAUUCAAGAUGAGAUUCCUAAUUGGUUUUGCAAUCAAACCUUAUUCCCUUUAGCUUUUGCAAAUCUUUCUUCUAAUCAAUUCCAUGGUAUUAUCCCACCUUCAUUGUCCAAUGUGAUAAGCUUGUAUUUCUCCAAUAAUGAUAAACUCAUUAGUUUAACCUCAUUUCUUUGUAACCAAACUCAUCAUCAAGGGAUAACAAGUGUUCUUGAAUUUAGUAAUAAUAUGGUGUUUGAAAAAAGUCUUCCUAAUUGUGAGUGGAGUUUGAAGAAAUUGGUUGUUCUCAAUUUGAACAACAAUCAAUUUAGUGGAGUGGUUCCAAGGUCUAUUGGCUUGUUACAUGACCUAAGCUUUUUAAUCUUGAGACAAAACAACUUUUCAGGAUAUUUGCCUUCUUUACAAAAUUGUACUCAACUUCAAGUUCUUGAUGUUGUGGAGAAUAAUUUAGAAGGAUAUAUACCAUCAUGGAUAGGGGAAAGAUUACAAAAUUUGCAAUUCCUUCGACUCAAAUCAAAUAAAUUCUAUGGAGUUAUACCAUUGAGUCUAUGCCAUCUUCAACUUGUUCAAAUAUUGGAUCUUUCUUCGAAUAAUUUAAUUGGAGCUAUCCCAUCUUGUAUAGAUAAUAUCACUUCAAUGGUGAAAGCCCAAGACACAUUUGGACUCAUUUUUGCAUCAAUUUCUUCCACAAAGAAACAAUAUAUGUUCUAUAAUUUUAAUGCAUUAAUAAUGUGGAAAGGAGCUGAUCAUGAGUACAUCGAUAUUCUUGGAUUAUUAAGAAUGAUUGAUCUUUCAUACAACAAAUUAUCUGGGAAAAUUCCUCACGAGUUGACAAAUCUAAUGGAAGCGGUCGUGCUUAAUCUAUCAAGAAAUAAUUUGAGUGGGGAAAUCCCUUCGGAUAUUGGAAAAUUAAGUAAUCUCGAUUCACUAGAUUUGUCCCACAACAAAUUCUCAGGUGUAAUUCCAACAAGCUUAGCACAAUUAUCUUUUCUCUCUUACAUGGAUCUUUCGAGUAACCAAUUGUCUGGAAAAAUUCCUACAAGUACUCAAUUACAAAGCUUUAAUGCUUCUUCAUACAUGAAUAAUAUUGGUCUUUGUGGCCCUCCUCUAACAAACUCAUCAUGCCUUGGGGAUAAUGAUGAUGAUGGUGAUCAAGAAAGCAUUGAUGAUAGAAGUGAUCAUGAUGUAGAAUGGUUAGACAUGCCAUGGCUUCGUAUGGGAGUUUGGAUAGGGUUUCUUGUUGGAUUUGUUGGAGUAUGUGCUACUUUGUGGCUUACCUCUAUGAGAGUUUUAUCCUUUCAUUCCUUGAUCAAGAGCUUUGAAAAUUGAGGAGAAUAUUAUUACUUCUGCCAAUAUUACAAGCUGGAGUGCUUUUGAGGUUUCAAGAGCUUGAAAUGCAAGAGAAAUAAUUCCAUGAAUUAUGAUGUUUAGAAAUAGAAUUAUGAGUAAUGUUAAGUCUACUACUUUUAUUUUUCAUGGUUUGUAAAAGUCUUAAUAUUAUUUUCUAUCGUCUUGUUUUAAUAUAAUGUUUUAUCCAAGAGUAGUUGUUUAUCAUAUUUUAUUUCCAUAUGUUGAAUAAUUCUCAUGGGCAUUUUGUCUUGUUUAAUU